GAGAGAGAGAGAGAGAGAGAGAGAGAGAGAGAGAGAGAGAGUCAGAGUCCGCUCAGGCAGAGACAGCAGCUGGCUGUCAGCAGCAGAGACAAGAGGAACUGAGCAAGGAAAGAGAUAGCAGAGGAUCAAACAUGGGGGGAGAAUUGACAUGAAAUGAAGCCAACAGAAAGAAGACACACAGGAUGAAGAGACUGCCAGUCCUGCAACACCACCACUGGGGUUACUUGCUAUUACAACACAUCGUGAGGUGGUAAAACUGUGAAAACAAACAAGAAGUUCUGAGGUUUCAUGUAGAUGUUAAACAACAUCAGAGACAAUACGGAAUCCAGAGGAACACCAUACAAAAGUUCAGAUUUUGAAGCACAACAGUCUCCAAGAGACACCAUCUGGAACCUGCCCGAGAGUCGUCUACCUUGCCACUUCUCCAUAUACCAGUUUCGAAGUGGGUCAGAGAGGACGCUUAGGAGAGAUCGUGUCCACUGCCCUGGCAGGAUGUCUUACAGGAACCUCCAGGAUGAAUUCUAUGCUAUUGGAGAAAAGUUGCUGCUCAAGCUCCAGAAACUACCCAAGGCUGACCCUGUGGAGAUUGUGGCCUUUUGUGUCAUUAUCUUGUUCAUCGCCACAGUACUUACAAUGAUCGUCAUUGCUUGCAGCUGUUGCUGCGCCCACUGCUGCAAAGGGAAAUCUGAACAUAAGGGCAGGAGGAUUCAAGUUCAGCCAGCAGCCCAUGCAUGAGAAAGCAUUACAAAAAGAAUGCAGAAGAUCAGAGGACAGAGUACGAAGAAACUGCUCUUUGCUGGCACAGGAAGUGCUAUGUAUAGCAGUCCACCAAAUAAGAUAACGGUGGAUGAGGACACUAAACAAUGGAAGAAGAGCGAAAGAAAGGAUUAAACCUUAACCCAAGUAGAGUUUUGUGCCAUAGCAUUGCAUGACUGAUGAAAUCAUGGAGUUCACAGUAUUUGUCUCCCUGCCCUUAGCAGAUGUUUCACUAUCAUUGCCAUAAGAUAAUCCUGCCAUAGUUGGCCAGGAUACGACUCCAAACGUGUGCAAAAAAGCCAUGAGCAAAUUAGCAUGGAUCCACUUCUCUACAUGGAGGCAUUCCAGAAAGAUGCUGGGUACCAGGAAUUCCCACUGAAAUCCAAGCUACGUGUAAGUGUUCAGCAGAACAAGAUUACAACACAAGCACUGUUUGUUUCCUCCUUGUUUUACCAUCUGCAGCCAAGAACAGCGGAGAUGUCUGACCAAAUCAUCCACAGAGAAAAGAUAAUAUAGCCUUUCAGUUCAUACAUGAGCUCAAACAUUUGGGGGUGGGGGGGGAAGGGGCAGCAAGUCCCCACCUCCACCUGCCUCUAUUAAGAAAGAACAACUGCCAAAGAGAAACAAUAGUCUACAUGCAAUAGCCAUUGUCUGUGUGAGGAUGAAGGCAUAAGGAUACAGGAUCCCUGCAAUGCUGUGUUGUUUUGUGUUCCUGCCUUAAAAGGGAUUAUCUUCUGCUUUAAAUAAAAAAAAAAAUCCCCACACAAA